AUGACUGGUUCUGUUAACACCAACACCAACUCCAACACUGAAUCAAUGACUGGUUCUGUUAACACCAACACCAACACCAACACUGAAUCAAUGACUGGUUCUGUUAACACCAAUACCAACACCAACACUGAAUCUAUGACUGGUUCUGUUAACACCAACACCAACUCCAACACUGAAUCAAUGACUGGUUCUGUUAACACCAACACCAACACCAACACUGAAUCAAUGACUGGUUCUGUUAACACCAACACCAACACCAACACUGAAUCAAUGACUGGUUCUGUUAACACCAACACCAACACCAACACUGAAUCAAUGACUGGUUCUGUUAACACCAACACCAACACCAACACUGAAUCAAUGACUGGUUCUGUUAACACCAUCACCAAUUCGAACACUGAAUUAAUGACUGGUUCUGUAGUUGGUAGUGUGAGUUCGACUGGUUUAAGUGAGGUUUCUGAUUUUUCUACGCUUUUAAGUUCUACGAAUAUAGUUUCGUAUAUGGAUUCUAGUAGUUCAGUUUGGUUAAGCUCUAAUGUUUUAUAUUCGAAUUCUUCUGUCGAUGUAUCAUUUGGUAGUUCCUAUGUUUCUUAUGAACAUUCCAGUGGAUUAUCUCUUCCUGAAUCUGCUAACACUAACACAAACACAAACACCAAUUCGAACACUGGUGUCAACACCGGUUCUCAUACAGUAACUGAAUCAGCUAACACUAACACAAACACAAACACCAAUUCGAACACUGUUGUCAACACCGGUUCUCAUACAGUAACUGAAUCAGCUAACACUAACACAAACACAAACACUAAUUCGAACACUGGUGUCAACACCGGUUCUCAUACAGUAACUGAAUCUGCUAACACUAACACAAACACAAACACCAAUUCGAACACUGUUGUCAACACCGGUUCUCAUACAGUAACUGAAUCAGCUAACACUAACACAAACACAAACACUAAUUCGAACACUGGUGUCAACACCGGUUCUCAUACAGUAACUGAAUCUGCUAACACUAACACAAACACAAACACUAAUUCGAACACUGGUGUCAACACCGAUUCUCAUACAGUAAUUGAAUCUGCUAACACUAACACAAGCACAAACACUAACACAAACACAAACACCAAUUCGAACACUGGUGUCAACACCGGUUCUCAUACAGUAACUGAAUCAGCUAACACUAACACAAACACAAACACUAAUUCGAACACUGGUGUCAACACCGGUUCUCAUACAGUAACUGAAUCUGCUAACACUAACACAAACACAAACACUAAUUCGAACACUGUUGUCAACACCGGUUCUCAUACAGUAACUGAAUCAGCUAACACUAACACAAACACAAACACUAAUUCGAACACUGGUGUCAACACCGGUUCUCAUACAGUAACUGAAUCUGCUAACACUAACACAAACACAAACACUAAUUCGAACACUGGUGUCAACACCGAUUCUCAUACAGUAAUUGAAUCUGCUAACACUAACACAAGCACAAACACAAACACAAACACAAACACCAAUUCGAACACUGGUGUCAACACAGAUUCUCAUACAGUAAUUGAAUCUGCUAACACUAACACAAACACAAACACCAAUUCGAACACUGUUGUCAACACCGGUUCUCAUACAGUAACUGAAUCAGCUAACACUAACACAAACACAAACACUAAUUCGAACACUGGUGUCAACACCGGUUCUCAUACAGUAACUGAAUCAGCUAACACUAACACAAACACAAACACUAAUUCGAACACUGGUGUCAACACCGGUUCUCAUACAGUAACUGAAUCUGCUAACACUAACACAAACACAAACACUAAUUCGAACACUGGUGUCAACACCGAUUCUCAUACAGUAAUUGAAUCUGCUAACACUAACACAAACACAAACACCAAUUCGAACACUGGUGUCAACACCGGUUCUCAUACAGUAACUGAAUCUGUUACUUCGUCGGUUAAUGUGGAUUCCAGUAGUGUGACUAGUAAAAUUGAGAUUUCUAGUAAUGAACAAUCUGUAUCUUCCACUAUAUCUAUUAGCGAAACGGAAUCUACAGGAAUCAAUAGUUCUACACAUGUCAGUGUCAGUUCUUUUGAAGAUGCGGGAAAUUCUUUAAAUAUCUGGAAUAGUUGGUACAAUUUGGGUGCCUUGUGUAUCUUAGGAAUACUUGUUUGA